UCCACCGUUACUAAAUCAUUCUUCAGAUCUCUCUUCAUUCAUAUAAAUUCCACCAACCCACUUCGCCAAAUCUCAUCACCACCUUCUCAAUUCCUUUCCAUCACAUCAAAAUGGCGCCCAAAUCAUCAUCAUCAUCAGCUUGCUUCCUUGCUCUGUUUCUGAUCCUAACCAUCUCCGCCGCAAUAGCCCGGUCGGAGGAGAGGCUGCAGCCGGAAGUGGCGGCCGGGUGCUGGAAGGAAAUCUACCAAAUCCCCAACUGCCUCCUCAGCAUCAUCCGCUCCUUCUUGCCCGGCGGCGGCAAAGGGUCGUCCAUCGAGACCGGCGUCGGCGUCCCCUGCUGCAAGGCUUUCCUGUCGCUCACAGGGGACUGCCAGGUCGAGAUUUUCCAGAACAGCUCCGUUAUCCCCCUGAUUGAGGUUUUCUGCAACGCCGUCGUCGGUUCACCGCCGGAGAACGGGGGAGACAUGCCGGAGCCAGAGCCAGAGCCUCCAGUAACGUCCCCUGCCUCCGAGGAUUUGGGUUCCACUUUCCCUUGGCCAACAGCUAGCCUGGUUUAGAAGAGUGCUAAUGAUGGGAGUGAUUUGAGGGGAGGUAUGAUGAUGGUGAAUAAGUUUGUGAGAGAGGGGAAGGGAAGAAUUUUAUGUAAUUAUGUUACCGUUGGGAUUUGGGUGGGAAUUGUUUUCAGGACUUGUUUAGGGUUUUGAAAAGGUGGUUAACACCUAUUUGAUUAAAGUUACUUAUUUAUU